AUAAUUUUUCCAGAAUCAUUUGAGUCCAAACCCUGGUAAAGACAGUGUUUAAACAACUCAGACAGAACUUUAACCUGAAAAUAAUAGAUUCGGACUCCGGAUUGUAAGGAUGGAUUUCUAUUCACUAUGUACAGUGCUUCUGGUGCUUCUCAUCACCUGCUUGUUAGCUAAAUACUGGAAGAUGAUGUUGGAAAAAGCCAAACUUCCCCCUGGACCAACUCCUCUUCCCGUCAUUGGAACCCUAUACAAGAUGAACAUCAACAAUAUUCUGCAUUCACUACUGGAGUUGAAUAAAACCUAUGGAGACAUAUUUACUAUAUAUCAAGGGAACCGUCCUUGUGUUGUGCUGUGUGGAUAUAAAGCUAUAAAGGAGACUUUGAUUGACAAGGCAGAAGAAUUCAGUGGUCGAGCUUCUUAUCCUGUAUUCACUGACUUUACCAAGGGAGAUGAUUUGGCAUUCAGUAAUGGUGAGAAGUGGAAGGAGCUGAGGCACUUUACCCUGAUAACACUGAGUAAUUUCGGAAUGGGGAAACGUAGCAUUGAGGAGCGGAUAAAGGAGCAAGUCGAUUAUCUCAUUAAUGUACUAAGAAAAGCAAAUGGUUCCCUGAUAGAUCCCAAACAUCAGUUACACAGCUCAGUGUCUAACGUCAUUUGCUCUGUCCUGUUUGGGACGCGGUUCGAUUACCAGGAUGAAGUAUUUAAAAAAAUUAUGCAUUGUGUCCUGGACAGCACCAGAAUCAUGAGCAGCUAUUGGGGGCUGUUAUACAACACCUACCCAGAGUUCAUGAAGUACAUACCAGGACCUCAUAAGCAAAUGAUGAAGAAUUAUACAUAUGUAACCAACUUCAUCAAGAAGAGAGUGGAGAAAAAUAUCAAGACUUUGGACAAAAAUAACCCCAGGGACUUUAUAGACUGUUUCCUCAUCAAAAUAGAGAAGGAGAAGAAAAACAAUUCCACCUACUAUAACCAUGACACUUUGAUAAUGAGCACCAUGACCUUGAUCUUUGCUGGGACAGAAACUGUGGCCAAUACACUGUGUUACCUCUUUUUACUGAUCUUGAAACACCCCAAUAUAGCAGAGAAGGUCUACCAAGAGAUAGAUGAUGUCAUUGGUUGUCGUUCUCCAACUUAUGAGGAUAGACAUAGGAUGCCUUAUACGGAAGCAUUUAUACAUGAGCUUCAGAGAUAUGCUAAUAUAACUGCACUAGGCCUUCCUCAUGAACUGAUCAAGGACACCCAGAUUCGUAAUUAUACAUUCUGCGAGGGUACGAUGUUCCUUACACUACUGGCAGGUGCACACUUUGACAAGACCCAGUUCAAGAACCCAAGUGAUUUUAAUCCAAAUAACUUUCUGGAUGAAAAUGGGAAGUUUAAGAACAACAGUGCGCUAAUGCCAUUUUCAGUAGGCAAGAGAAUUUGCCCUGGAAUGAGCCUGGCAGUUAUGGAAAUUUUCUUAUAUGUCACCACAAUGCUGCAAAACUUUACCAUCAAGUCACCGGUCCCCCCCGAAGAGAUCUCUGAUGCUCCAACUGGAGUGGGGCUUUUACUUAUGCCUCCCAACUAUGAACUUUACCUUAUACCUCGUUCAUGUUCUGAAGAAUAAAUUGUAACCCUUGGCUAUGUGUAAUAUAGGUGUGCUAUGCACUUACUGUAUAAACUAUUAUUACCCAGUGCCUCAACCCAAGCUUAACUCAAGGUGCUAUGUAUUUUGCUAUACAGGGCUGGCUUGGGACAGCUAGUAUUAUUUCCCUUUAAUAGAUAAAAUAUUAACACUCUAUACUCUGUUUUCUUAUAUUUUAACGGAUGUGACACUAUUUAAUAGUGAUGAUAAUACAAUAUUACAAGAUAAUUUCUAGACUUUUAACCCCUUCUGGGCCGCCCCCUCCCUUGCGGCUUCCUACUGGCCGCUUGAGCCCCAGGUGUGAAAGGGGGAGUGCCGGGCAUACCUGCCCGUCCCCCCUUUCUCCCGUGGUUGGCCCGCGGGCCGCACGGCGUCCCUACCCCUUAGCCUGCUCCGUCGCCAUUUUGUCUCCUGCGCUCCUGUUAUGUGUCUACACAGACAUGCUUGCGCUGAUCAAUAGCCUCUGAUUGGGUCCCCCCUUACCGCCGCAUCCAAUCAAUAUCUUCCGCUACAUGCAGCUCGCGGUCAGCACAGGGAGACCUGCUUUGUACUCUGCAGGAUAUUCCUCUAGCGGCUCGCGAUCGGCGCCAGGACCUGCUUUUGCCGCCAUGCAGAAUAUCACUUCAGCUGCUAGCGGGUAAGUGUGGCUUGAGAGACCCAGUUGUUCCCGCCCUGCAGGCUGUUACUCCUCUGUCUCGUGGUCAGUGAUAGGGACGGACCUGUCUAGACGCUCCCGCAGACCAUUACUCCCAACUGACAAUUUUAAUUUCACUAAAGGAGCUAAAUAACUUGCCUCCCCUGUCUGGUUCUUGUAGCUUGUCCCAUAAUAAGGUACAAAUACAUGCAGAGGCGGAUUAGCCAUAGGGUUCGAUUCCCGGCGGGCCGACGCACCCGUGGGGCCUGUUUUGUUUGAGGUCAUGUGGUCCUUUUUAUAGACAUAAUGAAUAAGAUGCUAAAUAAUUUGCAUAUAUGAAAAUUACUUUGCCACUUAGCCUGUGAUUGCAGAUGAUCUAGUGUAUGCUCUGUCUGCCUGCUUGGCUGACAUAUAAGAUUGAGUGAAUAGUGAUUGGGAUACGCGGUUGGUGUAAUAGGCAAGAAAAUAUAUCUUUCUAAAGAAUGAUAUAGUUUCCUAAAUUCUGAAGGUGUAUCAUAUAAUCAGUAGCGGAUCUUGCCAUGGGCAAGCAAAACUUUUGCCCAGGGCGCCGCCUUCCGGAGGGCGCUGGCGCCAUCCGGAGGGCGCCACACCAUGGCAAGAUCUACUACUGCUGUGCUCUCCGCUGCCCGCUGUGUCCCCCGGCUGUGCCCCCUGUGAAGGGAACUAGACGCGUCGCGUCUAGUUUCCCUUCAUGGAGAGGACCUUUGCUGUGCAGUGCGCAAUGACGUCAUC